AUGACGGGAUAUCCUUUUACAUGGGAGCAUGGAAGAAAUAGUGAUGGCUGGGUGGAAUCUAGGUUGGACCGUGUUUUUACUAAUGUUCAGUGGCGUACCAGGUUUUCUAAUUUUACUGCUGAAGUAUUGGGUUUCUCUACUUCGGACCAUUUGCCUAUUCUUCUUGCUGUCAAAUGCUUUGUGGAUCAGCAUCAUGCUCAUCGUUUUCGGUUUGAGAAUACGUGGCUCCGUGAGGCAGGUUGUCGAACCCUAAUUUCGGAUAUUUGGCAACUCUCUCCAGAUAUGGACGUUGAGGGUAAGCUUGUGGCCUGUCGUACUGCUUUGAAAUCGUGGGGCACGAAUCUUAGACUUCUGCAUAAAGCUGAGAUGGACGAGAGUCUUGCUAUUAUGGCCCGUCUACGCGGUGCAUAUGGUGCUGCUUCUGCUCGAAAACGGAAAAAUACAACUGUUAAACUGCUGGAUGACUCGAACGUGUGGCAUGAUAAGAAUUCGGGUCUGGAAGAGGUGAUGUCUGGAUAUUUUACGUCUCUCUUUACUUCUCAUGAUUGUAAUUCUGAACCAAAUGCAUCUCUUUUAGCUCCUUACAGUUGUGACGAGGUAAAAUCUGCAGCUUUUUCUAUGAAAAUUGAUAAAUCUCCUGGGUUAGAUGGUUUCAAUCCUGGUUUUUUCCAGCAUUAUUGGGAUAUUAUUAGUGGGGAUGUGUCUCGUUUUUGUAUUGAUUGCUUGCAUUCAGGGUCUCUCCCCUCGAAAUUGAAUGAGACUGCUUUAGUUUUGAUACCUAAGAAGGGUGUCCCUGAGCAAAUGAGUGAUUUGCAUCCUAUUGCCCUCUGUAACGUGGUUUAUAAGAUCAUGACUAAGAUGAUAGUUAACCGGCUUAAGUCCAUCUUGCCGUCUAUUGUCUCGAAAAGCCAGAGCGCUUUUAUUUCUGGGCACAACAUUCAAGACAAUAUAAUCUUAGCUUUUGAGGCUAUGCAUAGAUUUAAUAUGUUUCAUCGAAAGAAAAAGUUAUCUGGGGCCCUUAAAAUGGACAUCAGCAAAGCCUAUGAUAGACUGGAGUGGGAUUUCAUUCGUGACAUGCUCAUUCGUAUGGGGUUUGCGCAGCGAUGGGUUGCUUUGGUGUUUUCUUGUAGCUCCACUGUUCGUUAUUGGAUUCUGCAUAAUGGCAGGGAAAUCGGCCUUAUCUUACCAACGAGGGAACUGAGGCAAGGAGAUCCCUUGUCGCCUGAUUUAUUCAUUCUUUGUGCUGAGGGGCUAUCCCGCCUUUUGCAAGAAGUUGAGGAGAAGCCGGAUUUGGGUAAUUAUUUGGGACUCCCUUCUCAUAUUGGUAGUAACAAGAGGGAAGUGUUCAGUUUUGUUAAGGACCGUUUGUGGAAGCGGCUGAAUUCAUGGAAGCAUCGUGCGCUAUCCCAAGCAGGUAAAGAGCGUAUGAUGACCCGGUAUUGGUGGAGUAAGGGUGCUGAUCAAAAUCGUGGUAUUCACUGGCUGGGUUGGCAUAGAAUGGCGAAGCACAGACUGGACAGCGGUACAUGGGUGACUCGAAGUCUGGUUAAAGCUGGUGCUUAUUGGAGAAUUGGGAAUAGCAGGUCAGUUUCUAUUUGGUCUCACCCUUGGUUGAAAGAGGCGCUCGACUCAUUGGUUUCUACACCCCCUCCUCCGAAUUGUACUCUUUCUGUUGUUGCAGAUCUUAUGAUCGGCCAUAGAUGGAAUGAGAGUUUAAUAGCUCAGUUGUUCAAUGACAGAGAUAGGAGUUGUAUUUUGAACAUCCCUCUAAGUCUUUCUUCGCACCCAGAUGCAUGGUGCUGGAAGUUUGCGUCCAAGGGUCACUAUUUUGUCAAGAGUGCUUACAGAUUUCUGGUUGCUGGGUUUCGACAUAGGGAAGGUAGUGAGAUAUGGAGUCAUUUUUGGAAGACGAAGGUGCCUCCUAAAGUGCUUAAUUUCUGCUGGCGUGCUUUAGUUAAUGUUGUUCCUUGCCUCUCUUUGCUUCAGUCUAGGAGAGUUCCGGUUGAUUCGAUGUGUCCGUUGUGUCAUGAGGCUCCUGAGACUGUCUUGCAUAUUCUUGUUCAAUGUCCUUUUGCCCGCAGUUGCUGGUUGAGUUCGCCUUUUGGUUGGCCUGCAUUCUCCGCUGCCUCUCUUAGGGAAAAUAAUGUUGUUUGGAAAGCUCAGCAAUGGAGGGGGGCCUGCUCUGAUUCUACCAGCUGCACCAAUGCUGUGUCGGCUUUGACUGUCUGGUCUCCUCCACCGCAGGGUUGGAUUAAGGUUAAUAUUGAUGCCUCUUUAAACUCACAACGAAGUUCACUAGGCUUUGGCUGUGUAGUCCGAGAUGCUAAUGGUAGAUUUAUGGCGGCUAAAGCAGGCUGUUUUUGCAGUCAGAUGGAGGUUAAGUGUGCUGAGGCAAUGACUUUUUGA